UCUUUAAAUACUUCUUCAGAAUAUGAUGGAACCAUCACCCCAAGUGAACAUAUCUUCCUUAGAAAUCUACUAGAGCUUCUUUCACCCUGGUUUCUCUCAUAGAGCAGAAAUUGUACUCACCUCAGAGACUAUUCGACCAAAUCCGAUAAGAAACUGUUACUCACCUCAGAGACUACUCGGCCAAAUCCGAUAAGAAACUGUUACUUACUUCAGAGACUACUCGGCCAAAUCCGAUAAGAACAUUAAUCAUCAAACAUGCAGACCUCACUUCUUCAUAACCUAGUUGUUGGAACUCCAGUCAUCUCAGCAACUUAUGAUCAAAUUCAAAAGCCGGUGAACAGAUACUUACCUGGUCCUGCCACUCAAUGCCAACGUUCAACCACAAAAUCAAAACAAAUGAGAGUGAGGACAGAUAUAUCAGAAACUGUUAUGAGAAAGUUAAGCUUAGGGGCUCGCAUUCUCCGAGUGGGUGGAGUGGACAACGUGUUUAAGCAGUUUUUUAGUGUGAGAGAAGGAGAAAGGCUUUUGAAAGCUUCACAGUGUUAUUUGUCCACCACUUCUGGUCCUCUACCAGGUUUUCUUUUCAUAUCCACAGACAAAGUUGCCUUCUGCAGUGAGAGAUCAAUGAAAGUCUUUACUCAUACCGGCCAAAUGCUGAGGAUCCGUUAUAAGGUUGCCAUUCCACUGAAGAAGAUAAAGUGUGUGAACCAAAGUAAAAAUGUUCAGAAGCCAACCCAGAAGUACAUAGAGAUUGUCACGGAAGACAACUUUGAUUUCUGGUUUAUGGGUGUCUUAAAAUAUCAGAAAACCUUCAAAUAUCUUGAGCAGGCACUUUCUCAAGCUUAGAGAGCUGAGUAGCAAAAUCCACCGUUUAAACUCGAAGAUUCAUGUUGAGAGGACAAACAGACACAAAAGAUGAAAGCAAGAAUUUGAAUGCUGUCAUUGAAAAUAUUGUGCUUUGUCUUUGGUAAAAGGGAUUUCACAUCAUUGUAUAUAGGGAAUGGAUGUGGUUCAUUGUAUAUAGAAGUUUGAGGCUCAAUUACACAUUGAUUAUAAUGAAAAUUUGUUUAGAACGAGAUUUUAGUUCUAUUCAGGAGUUCAAUGAUUAUCUAUAGUGAUAGUAAAAAA